AUGAUCAGUAUACUCAUUGGCAUCUGUGUGUUUGCCGUGUUCAUCCACUAUCACAUCACUCAUUGGAGUAACAAGAAUAAAACUUCUAAACGUUCACUGUAUCCCAUCAAGAAGACGAAAAAGUGCAUUGAUAUUGAAGAAACAUCAAUCUGUCAACUUGAUCUUGACAAACGACUCUAUCAUCAAUUACAGAAUCUUGAAUACUAUUCGGAUGCAUUGCUUCCUGCAUAUAAUCGCCUUCUUUCACUAUUCGACUCAGUGAUCGAUGCGGCUCGUACUUCGUCAACACGAAAUAUUCUCAAUGCCGUUCAAACAUUCUCUAAGCAAGCUCUCAUAGAUUUUCUCAAUGCCGAAUAUACUGACGUUAAUGAACGCUACAAUGCAUAUCUCGCGCGACGAAAAAAUGGAGGAUCUCGUGAAAUGUUUCCUGAUUUUGACUAUGCACGACAUUGGCUUCGUACUUCUGCACCUGUAAAGUAUGUCGAUGGGGCUUGGCUUGGUGGCAUACAUCGCGUAACAACUGAUUCAGCUCAUCGUCCAUAUACCAAAACACUAUGGCAAAUUCUCAGUGAAGAACUCGGAGAUGGUGAUCUACAAAAAAACCAUGUAUGGAUUUAUCGCGAACUCUUGCAAUCGAUUGGCGUGGACGAUAUUGGUACUGGAGACUCAGAAGAGUUUGUUUCAUCCAUUCGAAACGUGAAUAAUGAUGCUCGAGUAUGGACUGCCGCUAUAGCACAGUUAUGUAUCUCACUGUUUCCCGAAACAUUUCUACCAGAAAUUCUCGGCUUUAAUAUGUCCUAUGAAUGUUUGCCGCUGCAUCUUCUUAUUACCAUUCAUGAGCUUCGCGAGCUCAACAUUGAUCCAUAUUACUUUGUCCUUCAUGUUUCGAUCGAUAAUAACCAUUCAGGUCACGCUGCGAUGGGGAUGGAUGCUGUUGUCGCGUACAUAACAUCCUUGCCAGCUGAAGAUCAAAAUAAAGCCUGGAAGCGUGUCCAAACAGGAUUUCUUCUUGCUUCUGAGCUUCCUACUACACCCCGACCGCGUUCACAGCUCGACACAGCUCUAGCACAAGUAUUUGAAGAGAAGACACACACAGCUAAAUCUCUUCAUCUUUCUUGUCCGGCAAGAAUUGGCGGUCGAGUAGGAAAAAAACUCAGUGAAUGGCUCGAUCCGAUUUCCUAUCCAGUACAUUCUCUUGCCUUCUUACGAGCUCUUGCAGAUAGUCGAUGGAUCGUUCGUGGUCAACCGGAAAAAAGUCGAUUGGUACAUGAAAUCAAAUGGAAUGGACGUAUGUUUGGUGCAUUCACUAUAGGGGAACUUGCCGUUCUCGAGGCGUGGAUUCGAGAAUUAGCGCCGCCUACACUGCUAGCAGAGAGAAGCAAAUCGUAUGAAACGUUCACUGGCGUUCAAACAACUCUUCCAAAGAUCGAGUUAGCUUCUAAGUUCAUCGACAUUCUCGAUCGUCCAUCGGCACCUCGUCACCAAGGUACAACAUUCGAAACAGUUGUCUUCGCUUCUAUGUUAUCAUUCGAGAACAAACAUGAUGCUCUUAUGGGUUUGUUGUCAGUCUCAGCUGUUCCGUUUGAAUAUCUUCCUUCAUUACCAGCUAAGUGCGCUAGUUCUUAUGGCAUGAUGGCUGUUAAGUGUCUUAGGGCUUUAUACGGCUUCUUGCCUGAGUCUGAUGCUUGCGCAGGUAUGCAUGCGGUCACGUCAAAUACUCCAACAUUGGGUGUAAAAGAAAUAGCAUCCAUUUCUCUUUCCAAUAUGGACAUGUCCGUACGUGAAUUUGUCACCAAGGUUAUGCAUCUGUCAGCCCGUCCGGAACAGAAUGAGUCACUUCUUGUUGGGCUACAAAGUGGUUUCAUCGAGUAUGUCUUUGAAGCUUGUAAACAGCUUGGCGCUAUAUCAGCAAAGGAAAUGGAAAAACUGGACGAAAUUCGAGUCAGAUGUCGUCAUGCAAUCGAUCAUUAUACAGCCGAAAGGAAUGAGGAUAAAAGGUGGUUGGCAGAUAUGAUCAAAGGAGAACAAGCAGUGCGAACUAUUAUUUCCUAUAUUAUAGAUUAA